AUGGGGGACACGCCCAAAUUCCUGUCUAGGGCGCGUGAGAGAGUGGCUUUCACGCGUCCUCCUCCUUCUAGGCACAUGAGGGCGCGUUUGGUGCGUGUACUUCAAGCGUCUUCAACCUCCGGGGUGCGUGUGGCACGUGUCUGCGCGUGGAGGCACGUGGAGCGUGAGUUUCAGUCGUCUUCAACUUCCAGAUGGGCGUCUGGCGCGUGGAUUGACUUCAAUCCCAAGCUUUCAGACUUUGGGCUCGCUAGAUAUGGACCCCAAGAUGAACAGUCCCACAUCUCCUCAAGGGUACUCGGCACCAGAGGCUAUUUUGCUCCUGAAUACUUUGCAAAAGGGCACUUGACACUAAAAACUGAUAUAUACAGCUUCGGAGUGGUACUCCUAGAAAUAAUUUCUGGAUACGGUGCAAUCGAGAACCAUUCGGAUGGGACGGUGGGGGAUCUGGUGGAGUGGGCAAAGCCUUACCUUAGGAACAAGCAGUGUAUUAUUGACAAGAGACUAGGAAAUAACUUCCCAAGAGAAGGAGCUCAAAAAUAUGCCAAGAUCAUCCUAAGAUGCCUUAAUUUUGAUCCUAAAGGACGACCAACAAUGAGUGAAGUUGUGGCUGACUUAGAGCGACUGGUGCAAAAUGCAGGAAGCUGCAAUCAAAGCAAACUCACAACUUCUAUAUUCCCUACCGUGAACUUUGGAAAUGGAUUGAUUCUUGACUGGCCAUCAUCAGGGGAAAAGAGGUAA